AUGGAUAUUGAAUAAGAAAAUGAUAAAGAGAUUGUUGAAGAUUAGAAUCAGCAAGAAUAAAAUAAUGAUAAUAAUAAUAAUAAUAAUGAAUAACCAGCAGUAGUAGUGGAAGUAAAUAAUUAAAAAAAUCAAAUAAAUCAGAAUGUUAUUGAUUGUGAAGGAUAAUUACCAGCAGCUCCAAUAAAAUUAGAUAAAUAAGAACCUUUGAAACAUGAACAUGCACCUGGAUAAAAUAUAAGAUCUGAACAAUUAAGAUUAUAAGUUGGCAAAAAACUAGCAGAAAAUCCAGAUUUUUAUUCAAAAAGUAAAUGGUAAUCUAUAAAUGCUUCAAGUACAACAACAAAGUAAUUACCAUUUUAAGGAGAAAGAAAUGCUUAUAAUUUUUGGAAAUCAUAAGUAACAAAUGAUGCAAAGGAUAUUUAUUAUUCUUUAUUUCAUAGAUAAAUAGUAUAGAGUAUUUUGAAAAUGAUUAAUGAUUAAAUGAAAGAUCAUUUUUCUGAAUAACAUGAAAAAGAUGUUAAAAAAAGACUAUUUAAAUUGGAUUAAAUAUAUGAAUAUUUUGGAGUGAAAAUAUUGAUGGGUUACAAUAGAAUGCCUGAUCCAGAAGAUUAUUUUAAUGAUAAAUUACCUUUCCGUAAUAAGAUUGGAGAAUUAAUAAAAGUAGGUAGAUUUAAAUUCUUGGAAUAAAAUACUAAUUUAAGAGAUGAAGUAAUGAUUCAAGCAAAAUAUCAUAAUUUAAAAUAAGAAGAUGUUGAAAAGAAAUUUAAAGUUGAAGGUGAAGUAUAUAGUUAUUUAACAAAGAAAUUAAAUAAAAAAUUUAGGAUAUCUCAUGAUGCAGGACAAUGUUUGGCAGUAAUUAAAAAUAAUUUAUUUGAAGCAUAAGAUUUAUAAGGGAGAGCAAUUGAAUGUAUAUUACUUAUGGAUGUACAAACACAAUAUAUAAUAGCUAUUAGAUUUUGUUUUAGAGAAAAUAUCAGUAAUACUAUAUUUAACAUGUUGGAUCCAUAUAAACAUAAGAAUCACAAAUUAUAUUUCCAAUAAGAAUUAUUAACUUUAGAAUAAGUUUAAAUAUUAGUAGAAUUCUUUGCUAUAUAUUCAUGUGGUAUACUAGCAUCAACUACAUAAACAUAAAAGAUAGAUUUCAAAGAUGGAUUAGUAACAAAUAAUCAUGUAAUGUUACUUAAACUAUUAACACCAAAUUAAGCAGAUUUCAAAGUAUUUGCUUCAACUGCUGAUGGAUUUCAUAGAAAUACUAGUCAAGAUAAAAAGAGUUAUGCAGUUGUCAUCUAUUAAGAAUAUAUUAAAUUAGUAGAAUAAUAUCCUGCUUUAUCAGAUGCCUAUAAAUGUUUGUUUUCUUCUGCUACUGUAAAUGGAGCCAUCUAUACAGAAAUGUAAGAAAUUGUCAUAUGGAACAGUUUCAUUGCUUUUAAAAGUAUUUAAAAAGUAAAUUCUUAAAUCAACUUCUUAGAAUUUCGACUUACUUUAGCUAAACAAUUAUUAAGAACAAAAAUGAAGAAUAUUCCAAAUGUUUCAGAAACACAUCAUAAUCUAUAAACUGCAUAGCCAAGAUAUUCAACUAUUGGAAUUGUGACUGAUAUCAUGGGAAGUUUUAAUCCUCAAGAUAUGGAACUAUUACCUAAGAUUAAUUUCCAUGUUCCUAGAAAAUGCAAUCCUCCUGCAAAAUUAUAAAAUAAACUUGUUUGUCUAGUUUGUAAGAAAGUUCCAACAGAAAUGGUAGAAUGUGAAUCAUGUUCUGAAAUAUCAGGAAAACUUAUAACUCUAUGUGCAUCUGAAUGCUUUUCAUUGUUCCAUUAAGAACCUAAAAAAUAUGUUUAAUCUGCUAUGGAUUUACCAGUUCUUUAAUAAUCUGCAUAAUUUGAAUAAUCAACAUUAGGUAAUUCAGAAGCUUAUUAAUAAUCCUAUAUGAAUAGACAAAGUAAAUGA